AUGUCAGAAGGACAGGACCUGAACUCCGUACUGCAAGGACUGUCAGCACAGAUCCAGUCCCUACAGAGAGCGCAAGCCGCAACGAACCGGGAACUAGAGGAGACAAAGUCCAGGUUGGCCACCGCGCAGAUGGUAAGACCAGAUCCGCCUCGACCGAUACCUCCUCCGCUUGUUCCCCUGUCGGAAGCUGAUGACAUCGAGUCGUAUUUGGGCAUCUUUGAAAGGAUGGCCACCCGGAACCAGUGGCAGCGGUCCGACAAGGCCUCCGUCAGGUGGACCCAGGACACAGUCGCAGUGCAGACUCUGAAGAGAAGCAUCCUUGGGACCCUGGGACUAGAGAGACCACCUACACCCAGCAGGCCACUUGACGAGCUUCAGCGGCACCAUCUUAACCGGCUUUACGAGCGCCAAGUGCGGGAUCUGGGAGUUCCGGCAGACACCAAGGUGCAAAAAGUUGCUCCAGUUAGAGUGGAAAACAUCACCCGAAGCCCAAGUGACCAGAAGGCUUCUUGGAAAUUUUUAAUCAUCUUCAAGAAGACUGAGCUCAUGAAGAAGGCGUUGAUCAUCAAGGGGGCACAGCUGUCACUCGAUGCACACUUGGGGUCUGGUCUGUCUUCUGCUGUCCUCACUAACAUUUAUUAUGUAAAUCAGUCCAUUAUGGAGAAUGGGCAGCCUCUGGCACUCAUCAUCUCUACAGUCUUAGACUCAGGCACUUUGAAAGUGGAUCUGCUGGACACUGUAAAAGAGUGGCUGGCAGGUUCAGAAGAGGAAUUACGGUUGACGGUCGAAUUUGUUUCAACUGUAUUUCCUGAAAUGCCUGUAGUUUCACUGAUGGACGAUCAGGUUACUCUUGAAAUUGAAAUGCUACACGGAAAGAGGCAGCGCACUAAGAGGUCUUCCUCAUCCAAGGAAGAAUGCUGGAAAAGUGAGAGAAACUGCUGCCGCAAAUCUCUAACGGUAUCAUUCAAGGAAAUCGGUUGGUCAGACUGGGUGGUGGCCCCCGAGACAUACACCAUGUACUACUGUGAUGGAUCCUGCCCUCAGAAUUACAAACUGGCUGCCAUGCACACUCAAAUCAAGUCCAUGCUGAGCUUGAUUUCCAAUGGUGCCACACCAUCCCCAUGCUGUGUGCCAGCUGAGUAUGAACCCAUGGUGCUCAUGCACUACAAUAGCGAUGGCAAGCUCACGCUCACACCUUUCAAUGACCUCAUUGUCACCAAGUGCCACUGCGCAUAACCAUCCGAGUAGACGUCUCUUUGUUUUAUGGUGGAUGACGUUCACGCAGUGCUUUGUGUCCCUAGUUAAAGGGCACUUCCAAGAAUUUGAUAAAGGGAAUUUACAGAAGCCUGCCAUUAAUUCAGAGUUACAGGGAACUGUAUUAGUCAUUACCAGUUAAAUUAGAGCAGCAGCAGGGUGCAAAAUGAAUUGAUAUUGAAUUGGAAGUUAAACUUUAACAUAGGUGAAUUCUGAGAAGGUAGUUCAUUAGGAGGUAUUAGUUACACAGUAAGUGCUUUUUAUUCAUGUAAUUCCUUUAUGUAUAUCAUGUGCAUUAUAUUUAUGUGUAUAGGGGACAAUGAAAGAGUUUGAUCAUGUUGGAAACCCAGAAGAACCUCUUCGUACAAAGAUUAUGAGAAUCUGAAACAAAAUGGUGUUGUUUAAGCACAGCCCAGGAUGGCAUUUAAGAGCUGUCUGGAAGGGAUACAUUUAUUUAUUUAUUUGGCUGAUGCCUUUAACCAAAGCACCUUACAACAUCUAUGGCACAAAUGGUUACAUUUCUUUUGGUUUUCCAGUUGGAGCGCAGACCUCUGGUCACACAGUGUCAGUAGUGAGAUCUGAACCCACAACCUCAGGGUUUGAGGUUUAAAGCCUUAACAAGUCCCAUACCCUACUGGCAUGGCUUAGCCUGACAGAUUUAGUUUUAAAAAUCCAACAAAAGUUUCUCAUUCUCCACAGACCUUUAGUUGAGAUUCAAACCCAAUGCUUUAGAAGUCUAACCAAAAAAGUGCCUCAGGAAUGAUUUCAUCUUGAGAAAUAUAUUUACUGUAGUGAUAACAUUCGUUCUGUUAACUCAUUUAUUCAAGUGUAUUUAUUUAUAUAAAAUAUUUGUAAUCUUACCAAAUGACAGUGUCUAGCAUAAUGUGGUGAUGGACUGUAUUUAAUUUUUGGGUGUUUGUAAUUUAAGAUGUUGU